CUAUGUCCUCGGCUUUUCUCGAUGACGAUUCCUGAUUCGUGGCCCUGGCAGUCUUGGGGGAAACACUGUCCCUUUUCUUCAGUCCAGACCCCCCGAGCCUCCUUUCUCUCAGCGUCACCCCCACCCAGUUGACCAAACCACUUUCUCGGACACAUCAUCCAGCAAGACAUGGUGGUGAACCCUAGCUGUAAGUCUUCAUGAUUGAGCGACUCUUUUGCACAACACAAAGCGCUCGGAAGGAGUGAAUGAGAUGUGCAGCUCGGAGCGUUGUUUCUGAAGGGAGGAGUCGUUGUCUUGAAGAGGAGUCCUCCAUGAGCCUGGCCGAGGCCCGGGAUCUGUGUGAAGUGGACUAAGGAUUUAGUAGGAUGUCAACUGAGACAGAACUUCAAGUAGCUGUGAAAACCAGCGCCAAGAAAGACUCCAGAAAGAAAGGUCAGGAUCGCAGUGAAGCCACUUUGAUAAAGAGAUUUAAAGGUGAAGGGGUCCGGUACAAGGCCAAGCUGAUCGGGAUUGAUGAGGUUUCUGCGGCUCGGGGAGACAAGUUAUGUCAAGAUUCCAUGAUGAAACUCAAGGGCGUUGUUGCUGGCGCGCGUUCCAAAGGAGAACACAAACAGAAAAUCUUUUUAACCAUCUCCUUUGGAGGUAUCAAAAUCUUUGACGAGAAGACAGGGGCCCUUCAGCAUCAUCAUGCUGUUCAUGAAAUUUCCUACAUCGCAAAGGACAUCACAGAUCACCGGGCCUUUGGAUACGUUUGCGGGAAGGAAGGGAAUCACAGAUUUGUUGCCAUAAAAACAGCCCAGGCGGCUGAACCUGUUAUUCUGGACUUGAGAGAUCUCUUUCAACUUAUUUAUGAAUUGAAGCAAAGAGAAGAGUUGGAAAAAAAGGCACAAAAGGAUAAGCAGUGUGAACAAGCUGUGUAUCAGACAAUUUUGGAAGAGGAUGUUGAAGAUCCUGUGUACCAGUACAUUGUGUUUGAGGCUGGACACGAGCCAAUCCGUGAUCCUGAAACGGAAGAAAACAUUUAUCAGGUUCCCACCAGCCAAAAGAAGGAAGGUGUUUAUGAUGUGCCAAAAAGUCAACCUGUAAGUAACGGUCACCUGUUUGAGGAUUUUGAAGAACGGUUUGCUGCCGCCACCCCGAACAGAAACCUGCCGAUGGACUUUGAGGAGAUUUUGGAGGCAAUGAAGGCUGUGACCCAAUUAGAACUUUUUGGGGACAUGUCCACCCCUCCUGAUAUAACCUCUCCCCCCACUCCUGCAACUCCAGGUGAUGCCUUUAUCCCGUCUUCAUCUCAGACACUCCCGGCGAGUGCAGACAUGUUUAGUUCUGUACCUUUCGGCACUGCUGCUGUACCCUCAGGUUAUGUUGCAAUGGGCGCCGUCCUCCCAUCCUUCUGGGGCCAGCAGCCCCUCGUCCAACAGCAGAUCGCCAUGGGUGCUCAGCCACCAGUCGCUCAGGUGAUGCCGGGGGCUCAGCCCAUCGCAUGGGGCCAGCCGGGUCUCUUCCCUGCCACUCAGCAGCCCUGGCCAACUGUGGCCGGGCAGUUUCCGCCAGCCGCCUUCAUGCCCACACAAACUGUUAUGCCUUUGCCAGCCGCCAUGUUCCAAGGUCCCCUCACCCCCCUUGCAACCAUCCCAACCACGGGUGACUCCACCAGGUCAAGUCCACAGACCGAGAAGCCCAGACAGAAAAUGGGGAAGGAAAUGUUUAAGGAUUUCCAGAUGGCCCAGCCUCCACCCGUGCCCUCCCGCAAACCCGACCAACCCUCCCUCACCUGUACCUCAGAGGCCUUCUCCAGUUACUUCAACAAAGUCGGGGUGGCACAGGAUGCGGAUGACUGUGAUGACUUUGACAUCUCCCAGUUGAAUUUGACCCCUGUGACUUCUACCACGCCAUCAACCAAUUCACCUCCAACCCCAGCCCCUCGACAGAGCUCUCCAUCCAAAUCAUCUGCGUCCCAUGCUAGCGAUCCCACCACGGAUGACAUCUUUGAAGAGGGCUUUGAAAGUCCCAGCAAGAGUGAAGGGCAAGAAGCUCCUGAUGGAUCACAGGCCUCAUCCAACAGUGAUCCAUUUGGGGAGCCCAGUGGGGAGCCCAGUGGUGAUAAUAUAAGUCCGCAGGCCGGUAGCUAGAUAGCACAGGUCUGGGAGCUGGAGCCUCUCUAUGCGCGGAUCAACAGACCUAAGAAGUAGCAUCGAGGUGAGCUCACGGCCGGUGCUUCAAGACUGGCAUGGACAUCAGCAUCGCGACAGGCUCUCUUGUAUUCUUCCACCUCACCUCAUCUCACGACGAAAUUCAUGAUUGCCCAAUGGGACUCAUUUGGAAGAGGGAACUAAGAGUUUUUGGCAACCAAUGGCAGAUAACUAUGGCAGCAC